AUGGUGGUGGAGGAUAAUGGCGAGGGAGACGAAAAAGGCAGUAAUGGUAGUGGUUUUUCAUCAAAGGGUAAAACUUUGGAUUCAAGUUCUUGGAGGGAGAGAGGGGCCUCAACUUGCUUGACGAAUUUUCACAGAGAUCUGAUGGCAGGGGCAGUCAUGGGGGGCGUUGUGCAUACUAUUGUUGCCCCAAUAGAGAGGGCUAAGCUGUUGUUACAAACCCAGGAAAGCAAUGUAGCGAUCUUAUCUGGGCCGCAUAAGAGGUUUAAGGGCAUGAUUGAUUGCAUUGCGAGGACUGUUAGAGAAGAAGGGAUUCUUUCCCUGUGGAGAGGUAAUGGGAGCAGCGUCAUCAGAUAUUACCCUUCUGUCGCUCUGAAUUUCUCUCUUAAGGAUCUUUAUAGGAGCAUCCUACGUAGUGAAGGUGGACAGUUUUUCUCUGGGCCAUCUGCGAAUUUUGUUGCUGGAUCUGCAGCUGGCUGUACUACUUUAGUCAUCAUCUAUCCCCUUGAUAUAGCACAUACACGCCUUGCUGCUGAUCUUGGAAGGACAGGGACUCGUCAGUUUAGAGGAAUUAGUCACUUUCUUAGCACUAUAUAUAAAAAAGAAGGGUUACAAGGGAUUUAUCGAGGAUUACCUGCAUCUUUGCAUGGAAUGAUUGUGCACCGAGGCCUUUAUUUCGGUGGGUUCGAUACAGUAAAGGAGAUGAUGUCAGAAGAAUCAAAGCCAGAUGUUGCCUUGUGGAAGCGCUGGGUGGCUGCUCAAGCAGUCACAACAUCAGCUGGGUUGAUAUCUUAUCCAUUGGAUACAGUUAGGAGGCGGAUGAUGAUGCAAUCAGGUAUGGAGCAGCCCAUGUACAAAACUACAUUGGAUUGUUGGAGGAAGAUUUACCGGACAGAAGGGUUCUCUUCAUUUUAUCGUGGAGCCUUGUCAAAUAUUUUCAGAAGUACUGGUGCUGCUGCUGUUCUGGUCUUAUACGAUGAGGUUAAGAAGUUCAUGAAUUGGACUGGCUUAUAG